UGAAGCUCGAAGCCACCGCUUGUGCCUAAAGCUAAAGAAGUGAAGCGUAAAUUGGAAUUGUAUUGUAUACUAUAUACAACAAGUAGCUACAAUCGAAAUUAAUUGUUAUUCAAGUGCCACAUUUCGUUCUAUAUAAGUACUUUGAAUAUAUUUACCAUGCUGAUAAGUUUCAGUUCCAAUACAUAAACAUUAAAAGCAAUCAGCAAACAGCUGUAGCUUAUCAAUUUUAGUGGAAUACUCGUACUCGCAACUAUAUAAAAAAGACUCUCUUCAUAAUGCAGCCGGUGCUGGAACUGAGCCUUUAUAAAUUGUUACGGAUGGCGUUCAUUUGGCAACUUGUUUCAUUGGUCAUUUACUUGGUGGGCUCUUUGGCCAUUGCCGCCUUUCUUUACGACAACUUUAAGUCUGUGAUCUAUAUUAUCAAAGCCUUGCUGGAACCAUAUUUCCAGCCCCAAUUGCCACAGACGUUAUUGGAUAAAUUUGGCAAGUGGGCAGUUAUAACUGGUGCCACCGAUGGCAUUGGCAAGGAAUAUGCCAGAGAAUUAGCACGUCAAGGUCUCAAUCUUGUGCUCGUAUCACGCACCAAGGAGAAGCUUAUAGCCGUCACCAAUGAGAUUGAGAGCGAGUACAAGGUAAAGACUAAAUGGAUAGCUGUCGACUUUGCCAAAGGACGUGAAGCUUACGAACAAGUCGAGAAGGAAUUGGCAGGCAUUGAAAUUGGCAUUUUGGUCAACAAUGUGGGCAGAAUGUACGACUAUCCGGAGUCAUUGGAUGCGGUGCCAGAAGAUAUCAUCUGGGAUAUUCUAACCAUCAACAUUGGCGCUGUCACAAUGUUGUCCCGAAAAAUUGCGCCCCAAAUGAAAUUGGCAAGAAAGGGUGCGAUUGUUAACAUCGGCUCCGGAUCGGAGCUGCAACCUAUGCCAAAUAUGGCGGUAUAUUCAGCUACAAAGAAGUAUGUCACAUAUUUCACUCAGGCUCUGGAACGGGAACUGGCCGAGUACAAUGUAACGGUACAGCUGGUAAUGCCCAUGUUUGUCAUAACCAAAAUGAAUGAGUAUUCGGAUUCAGUAAUGCGUGGUGGCUUCCUAAUUCCCAAUGCACAAAGUUUUGCCCGCUCGGCGGUCUUUACACUGGGCAAAACCAACACGACGACUGGUUUCUGGACUCACGGACUUCAGUACUUCUUCAUGAAAAUGGCACCACAGCAUCUGCGCAUGAUCAUUGGUCACCAAUUGACGAGACGAUUGCGACUCGAGGGCUUAAGCCAGAAGAAGGUGACAUAGUCACAGUGAUUUCAUUGCAUUUGCAUCUUAAGAGUAUUGUAAAUAUUGGCGCUUAGUUUUAAUAAUAACAAAUUGUAAACAAUAAUUUUUGUACAAAGAAACCGGCUGACAAAAUCAAUUUGCAAAAAAAAAAGGCUGCAAAACAGAUU